UUGCUCAACCACCUGUCCUUAGAGUUCAGACUAAUCCAUUUAUGUCUAACAGGCAUCACCUGAUUACUCUAGGAUCCCCAUUAAACAUUCAUGUGCUGACCUAAAUCACUUUCAGAAGAUCACUGGACAGCCAGAGAUCUCCAUUGCAAACCGUCACUCAUUUCUUUUCAGCUCACAACAGAACGCCACCAUGCCAACUGUCAAAAGCAAGAAGAAGAAGGUGAAGAAGGAGAUGAGUGAAGCGGAGGAGCAGAGAGAAGUUGCUUUGGAGGUGGAGAUGGAGAACAUGACCAACAGGAGCAAUUCUGAGAGCAGAGACCCUUUGACCCCGGAUCUGCAGGAGCCAGCACCACAGAAGAAGAAGAAAAGGAAGAAGACAUCAACAUUAGACCAGGAAGUAGAGCGACCUGAGUUGCCAAAUGGUAACACCUCAGAUGGAGCGAUGGAGGGGGAAGAAGCCAGUGUUGCUGUCACCAGAAGAACAAAAAGGAAGAGGAAGGCGAAAGCCACAGAACACCACAGCCAGGACCUGGAAGCUGAAGAAGAUGACAUCAUUACAGAAUCCCAGUCUCCCAUCCCGACAAAUUCCAUGUUCUCUGCCCCUCACGGACACAGCCAGCCGUUUGGAAAAGUCUUUGUGGAUAGGAAUCGGCGUUUCCAUGCCGACCGUGUGGAACAGCUGCGGCACUCAGAGCUCAUUGACGACUACAUGGACCCCAGACACAUCUGGACCACCAGAGACGUGGCUUUGAAAGUUCACAGCAGCUUUAGGGUCAUCGGUUUGUUCUGUCACGGCUUCCUGGCCGGCUACGCCGUGUGGAACAUCAUUGUUGUGUAUGUGCUGGCGGGUGAGCAGAUGACCACGCUGGCCAACCUGCUGCAGCAGUACCACUCCCUGGCCUACCCCGCCCAGUCUCUGCUGUACCUGCUGCUGGCCAUCAGCACCGUGUCUGCGUUCGACAGAGUUAACUUGGCCAAAACCUCCAUGGCUCUGAGAGGCUUCCUCACCCUUGACCCUGUCGCCCUGGCUUCAUUCUUGUAUUUUAUAGCCCUGAUUUUGUCGCUGAGCCAGCAGACGACCAGCGAUCGCAUCAACCUUUAUCCUACCGCCAAUGAGACUCUCUGGGCUCCUGGGUCAGAGCAGCAGAUCCUGCGGCCCUGGAUUGCAGUCAACCUGGUGGUGGCGCUACUGGUGGGUCUGGCCUGGGCUGUCAUCUCCACUCGGCCCGACAUUGAUUACACAGAAGAGUUUUUAAUGACCAUGGAGGUGGAGGGAUACCCACGAGGAGAGGAAAACCUGGGUAUUCCAGCCUAAAACCACCACAUAUCCCUUCAUAAUCCCAUAAAGGUUUUUUGUUUAAUAAGUGAUUUUUUUUGUACUGUUCCAAAUAUUCAAAAGCUGCUUACCAGAUAAGUGAUUUUGUAAAACAAUAAAAGAAAUAUAUUGUAAACGUACAAAACGGGUGUUUGUUAUUUUGUUGCAACAACUUUUGACAGUGGUGCAGUUUGUUGAAAUUUCAGUUUGCGAAUUACACAAAAAUAUCUAUUUCUAACAAAAGCAGGAAUUU